AUGCACCUCCAAGACCCCUCCAAGACACCUCCAAGACUCCUCCAAGACACCUUCAAGACUCCUCCAAGACACCUCCAAGACAUCUCCAAGACCUCUCCAAGACACCUCCAAGACUCCUCUAAGACCCCUCCAAGACCCCUCCAAGAUUCCUCCAAGAUCCAUCCAAGACACCUCCAAGACUCCUCUAAGACCCCUCCAAGACACCUCCAAGACUCCUCCAAGACCCCUCCAAGAGACCUCCAAUGCACCUCCAAGACCCCUCCAAGACACCUCCAAGACUCCUCCAAGACACCUUCAAGACUCCUCCAAGACACCUCCAAGACAUCUCCAAGACCUCUCCAAGACACCUCCAAGACUCCUCUAAGACCCCUCCAAGACCCCUCCAAGAUUCCUCCAAGAUCCAUCCAAGACACCUCAAAGACUCCUCCAAGACCCUUCCAAGACACCUCCAAGACUCCUCCAAGACACCUCCAAGACUCCAAGACACCUCCAAGACACCUCCAAGACUCCUCCAAGACACCUCCAAGACUCCAAGACACCUCCAAGACACCUCCAAGACUCCUCCAAGACACCUCCAAGACUCCAAGACACCUCCAAGACUCCUCCAAGACACCUCCAAGACUCCAAGACACCUCCAAGACACCUACAAGACUCCUCCAAGACACCUCCAAGACUCCAAGACACCUCCAAGACACCUCCAAGACCCCUCCAAGACACCUCCAAGACUCCAAGGCACCUCCAAGACACCUCCAAGACUCCUCCAAGACACCUCCAAGACACCUCCAAGACUCCUCCAAAACACCUCCAAGACUUCUCCAAGACACCUCCAAGACUCCAAGACACCUCCAAGACACCUCCAAGACUCCUCCAAGACACCUCCAAGACUCCAAGACACCUCCAAGACACCUCCAAGACCCCUCCAAGACACCUCCAAGACUCCAAGGCACCUCCAAGACACCUCCAAGACUCCUCCAAGACACCUCCAAGACACCUCCAAGACUCCUCCAAAACACCUCCAAGACUUCUCCAAGACACCUCCAAGACUCCUCCAAAACACCUCCAAGACUCCAAGACCCCUCCAAGACACCUCCAAGACACCUCCAAGACUCCUCCAAGACACCUCCAAGACUCCUCCAAGACCCCUCCAAGACCCACAUUGCCACCGGAACUCUUAGCUUCCACUCCGCUUGA